AAGUAAUUCUGGCAUUAUAUGGACUCUUGUGACGAGACAAUAGAAUAGGUUAUUGUUGGAGUCAGAUUUUUUUUAUUUAAUUUCGUUCAUUCGGGAAUACUCAUGAUAAAUCAUAGCAAAUCCUUUUGGUUAAAUGAUUUAUGAAAACAGGGUAGGGCAUGAAAAAAAGACUUUUAAAAAAUACGAAUAAUGACCACAAGAGGGAGCUCAAUGACAGGUCGGUAUAGCGUCAAUGUCUUUUGUUUGCCCGGAUCUGUUAAAUUAUUCAUAAAUAUGUAUAAGCAGUGCAAGCAAAAAAAAAAAAAGAAAAAAAGAAAAAGAAAAAAGAAAGAAAGAAAGGAAAAAAAAAAAAAAGAAAAGAAAAAUUUGUGUGAAUAUUCUUCUUUAAUUUUUUUUCCGGCUCCUCCCCUAAAAUUCAUUUUGAUUAUUUUGUGGGGCAUAUAAAUGUGUAAGUGAUGUAUGCAGAAAAAAAAAAAAACUGCCAAAAUGUUACUUAAUGCAGAUCAAUGUAAUCUAUUUUUUUUUAUAUAUUAGGCCUAAUUUCACCAUAAUCAAAAGCUAAAUUAGCUAUAAUAUUAAAGUAGAAUUUUCACUUAAGAUAAAAUUAAAAACGUGAACAAAUGUUUAAACAAAUUAUAAAUAAAGACAAGAAUAUUCUCUUCGAAAGGCUGUAAUGUUUUUUUCCUGUCUUUUUAAAAUAUGCAUAAUCUUUUCUGUUAUGGACUAAAAAAUAAUAAUGUGUUCUGCACAUCAGCACUCUGGUGUUGUCACGUUUUCGAGGACUUUUAGUUUGUUAUCAUCAUUUCCUGUGUUUUCUUCCUGUUUUCAUUUUAUUGUCACAGUGAUUCAUUGUUUCAAUGAUUAGUUCACAUCUGUUUCAUAUUGAGUUCUUUUAUCUUGUGUAUUUAAGGCCUUCAGUUCUCUCAGUUCAUUGUCUGGUGUUUUCUAUUCACACUGUUCUGCUACUCUUUGUUUAUUUGGAUUUCUCUUGUUUUGGAUUUGACUUUUGUGGCAAGGGGGGCGUGGCUCAGCGAGGUCUGCAAUGGGAGAGAGAGGCAGGAGACGAGUGGUGUGUAAGUAGAUCAAGUGCAAAUGAUAAACACCUGUGUCUCGUUUCAGCAAUUGGUGUGGAGAGACCGGUUAAAAGCCACCAGGAAAUGGGGAGCUGGAGAGAGAGAAACUGACUGGGAACUCGUGCCAUGCGGAGAGACAGUCCAUCAGAGCUGGAAUUGGAGAAGAACGCUGCCACCGUCAUGCAGUCCCCGCCAGGAUUGCCAUUUGCGGAGGUCAUCCAAUCGCUUGCGGGUCUUCACCAGGAACACCAUCAGGCACUGCUGGGCAUGAGGGACGAUCAGGAAUGGUGUUUUCAAGCCCUCGUCCAAGCCCAGCAGGAAGACUGUGAGCUGUUCCGGAGCUGGAUUGACCGGGAGGUUCGGGCUACAGGAACUCCAUCUGCCCCAGCCCCGCCCACUCACGUGCCUCUCAAUAAGAUGGGUCCUCAGGACGACCCCAAGGCGUUCAUAGACCUGUUUGAGAGGUCUGCGGAGGCAUGUGGGUGGCCCCAAGAAGACUGGCCAGUGCGGCUCAUCCCCCUGCUGUCUGGAGAAGCGCAGGUGGCCGCACAACAGCUGCCAGUCCAGAACCUCCUGGUCUAUCAAGACCUUAAGCACGCCAUCCUCCUGAGUCCAGAGCAGCACCGCCAGCGCUUCAGAUCGCUGGACCUUGGAGACUGUGGCCGACCCUUCGUGAUGGCGCAACAGCUCCGGGACGCCUGCCGCAGAUGGCUGAUGGCUGAGAAAAGCGACGUCGAGGAAGUCAUCGACAAAGUGGUGCUGGAGCAGUUUGUGGCUCGGUUGCCUAGGAAGACCGCCCAGUGGGUCCAGUGCCACCGCCCGACGUCGCAGAAACAGGCCAUCCAACUGGCGGAGGACCAGAUGGUGGCGUGCCCCGGGGUCGGCGAACCCCUGCCAUCUGUUUCUCUCUCUCCCUCUUCCACUGUGUUUUCUCCCUCUCCUUCUCCCUCCAAACCUGUCCCUAUCCCUAGGUCCAGAGGGAAUCUCCCUCCACGAGCACCACCCUGGUGGAGGGGUGGUCCAGGAACAGUACCAACAGCGGCCCUGAGGGCGCCGCCCAGGGGGGCGGGGUCGACCAGCGUCAGCCCAGCCGCAGCUCCCGUUCCUCCGCUCUCUCCACGCCAAUUCCUUGACCCGCUUCCUGUCACUAGGGCGGCGGGGAGGCCUGGGCCAGCCUGUUGCCGUUGCGGGGACCCGGGUCAUUUUAUUGAUCGUGUCCAGUGAUGGAGGUGGGGACGUCCCACAGGCUACCCCCGAUCAAGCUGGCCUGUACCAAAUACCUGUGAGUAUUAAGGGGGGUACGUAUCAGGCUUUGGUGGAUUCGGGAUGUAACCAAACCUCAAUUCAUCAAAGCCUGAUUCAACCGGGGGCAUUGGAUACGAGCCGCGUGGUAAAGGUAUGGUGCGUGCACGGGGAGGUGGUAAACUAUCCCUUAAUGUUGGUGGCUAUUCAAUUUCGGGGACAAAAGCAUAGCAUAGAGGUUGCAGUUAGCCCGCACCUCAGACAUCCGCUAAUUUUGGGAACAAAUUGGCCAGGUUUUAGGGUAUUAUUGGGGCAUUUAUGUGCGGAUGUCUCUUGGAGGAACGAAGAGCAGGGAAGGGGGGUGGUCUCGCAAGUGGGAGAAGCUGAGCGGGGGCCAAUGAGAACUGAGACAGGGGAACAGAGCGCUGUUGAGAGGAGAAACCUCGCACAGCGUGAUGAUUUUCCCCUGGAACAGUCUCAGGAUGAAACGCUCAAAAAUGCCUUUGAACAGGUCCGUACCAUCGAUGGGCAGCUUCUCCAACCAACUCGACUGCUCUCAUAUCCUUAUUUGGCUAUUUUAAAAGACAGGUUGUAUCGAGAGACCCAAGACACUCAGUCAAAACAGGAUACAACUCCGUUAUUAGUACCAAAAAGCCGUCGGGAAAUGCUUUCUGUUUCAUUUAAUCUCCCAGGUGGGAAUCCCAAAAGAGAUUCUCACCGAUCAAGGCACGGCGUUUUUGUCACGGACCCUCCGCGAACUUUACAAAUUAUUGGGCAUUAAAUCAAUUUGCACCAGCGUCUAUCACCCACAAACAGUUGGUCUGGUCGAACGAUUUAACUGCACUUUAAAAACCAUGAUUCGAAAGUUUGUUCACGAAGACGCCAAAAAUUGGGACAAAUGGCUGGAACCCCUCUUAUUUGCCGUGCGCGAGGUCCCCCAAGCCUCCACAGGGUUUUCCCCAUUCAAGCUUCUUUACAGACGUCAGCCCCGCGGGGUGUUGGACGUUCUAAGAGAAACUUGGGAGGACGGACCUUCGGACAGUAAAAAUGAAAUUCAGUAUGUACUGGACCUGAGAACAAAACUCCACACUUUGGGGCGGCUCUCUAUGGGGAAUUUGUUACAGGCUCAGGACAGACAAAGCCGGCUAUAUAACAGGGGAACCAGAUUACGCGAAUUUACACCGGGAGAGAAAGUAAUUGUAUUGCUCCCAACUUCUAGUUCCAAAUUACUCGCCAAGUGGCAAGGGCCCUUUGAGGUCACACAACGAGUUGGAGAUCUCAAUUAUGAGGUAGUACGAUCAGACAGGAGCGGGGCUCAUCAAAUUUACCAUCUCAAUCUCCUUAAAAAGUGGAGUGAGGCGGAGUCAGUGAUGCUGGCAAUGGCGGUGAGUGGAGAGGAAGAUCUCGGGCCAGAAGUGAACACUAAAAAUCAAUCUCUCGCUCUGGCCCCAGGAGGAGAUCAUCUCUCGCCCUAACAGCUCACUGACAUGGCCAAGUUGCAAGCUGAAUUUGCAGAUGUGUUCUCGCCCCUGCCUUGUCACAAAAACCUCAUUCAGCACCAUAUUGAGACCGAGCCAGGCGUGGUAGUGCGCAGCCGGCCGUAUCGUUUACCUGAACACAAAAAAAAGGUAGUUCGGACUGAAUUAGAGGCGAUGCUAGAUAUGGGAGUAAUAGAGGAAUCCAACAGUGACUGGGCGAGCCCGAUAGUUUUAGUGCUUAAAACGGACGGCUCUGUUCGGUUCUGUUUGGAUUAUCGCAAGGUGAAUGCUUUGUCGAAAUUCGACGCAUAUCCAACGCCGCGGGUUGACGAAUUGUUUGAUCGGCUGGGUUCUGCUUGCUUUUAUUCGACACUGGAUUUAAAAAAAGGAUAUUGGCAGAUCCCCUUAUCUCCUAUAUCUAAGGAAAAAACAGCUUUCACAACGCCGUUUGGAUUACACUAAUUUGUUACUCUACCUUUCGGGUUGUUCGGGGCUCCCGGCACCUUUCAGCGUCUCAUGGAUCGGAUACUCCUGCCGCACGCUGCAUAUUUGGAUGACAUUAUCAUCUAUAGUAAUGAUCGGCAGCGUCAUAUGCAGCAUUAGGUUUGUACCUAAUUUUUCGGACCUCACCAGCCCACUGACUGACCUCACUAAAAAGGUAGCACCAGAUCCGGUCCAGUGGACGGAGCAGUGCCAGCAGGCUUUCACCCAGAUAAAGGCUGCUCUGUGUGGCGGGCCGCUCUUGCACUCUCCUGACUUUUCUCUCCCUUUUCUGUUGCAGACUGACGCGUCGGAUAGGGGGCUUGGAGCGGUUCUGUCCCAGGAGAUAGAGGGUGAGGAACGGUUGGUGCUGUACAUCAGUCGUAAGCUCUCAAAGAGAGAGACGAUGUACAGCACCAUAGAAAAGGAGUGCUUGGCGAUUAGAUGGGCUGUACUUACUCUCCGCUAUUAUCUCCUGGGACGGGAAUUCACUCUCUGUUCGGACCACAUUACAGCCCUUGAAAUUCAAGGUGGUUCACAGGCCGGGGGUGCAGAUGGCUGU